AUGGCGGGGAACUUCUCGCGAGAAACCAACGGGAAGUACUUCGCGCUCGUGGAAGAACACUGCGAGAAGAUGAAGAUGAAGUUGAAGAGAAAAAAGAAGGAGGAGGAGAAGGAGGAUUCGGAUGAUGACGAUGAUGAUAACUCCGAGCUCGCGUUUGAACGAAAGAAUCACCGAGAACCACCGGAUGUGAUUAAUCCGUGCGGGAAAGAAUGGAACGCGGGGGAUCUCGCGUACAGAUGUCGAGAUUGUCAAAAAUCGAGCAGUUCGAGCGUAUGCGCGCCGUGUUUUAAAGAGAGCGACCACGUCGGGCACGACUUUACGAUUUACCGUUCCGAAGCCGGUGGGGUGUGCGAUUGCGGAGAUUACGAAAGUUGGGCGAGUUCGGGGUGUUGUUUUAGGCACGGUGGGACGUCGCGUGCGAAUGAUGAGAAGGAGAAGAUGAACGACGUCGAGGAUGACGGCUUUUUCGAGGAGGACGAAGAAGAGGAGGACGAAUUUUGGGAUUCGGCGUCGGAGGAUAGACUGUUACGGGUUCGUCUAAAACAGAAGAAUGUGUCUGAGAGCACGCGACAGAGAAGGAUGUCUGGGGAAGAGCUUUUUCAUAGGUACUGGUUGAAAGAUGAGCGACGUAAGUUUCGAACGGCAAUCGCGUUGGAUAUCGCGGUGAGGAGAUUAGUUUUAGCCGUGAAAAACACGAGGCGAUUAAAGAUACGGUACGCCGAGUUGACACAAGCGGUUCGUUUUCGGGAGGAUGCGAACACGAGUUUUGGAGAAUUUGAACCAAUCAACCGCGACGAUGGUAUGGUAUACACCGCGAAAGAGAAACAAUACGUAGUGAAGAAGGUCGCGCCAUUCGUCGUUUCGAACGAUAAAUUUCCUUUUUGUUUCUACCGUAAUGAGAAACGGGCACGAUAUGAAGAGCAUGAACAGCGCUCGCGUCGAGAGGCGUUUCGGAGCGCGAGUAAUCGCGCGAUGCUGCUGAACGAGCGCGUUCCGCGUGCGGUUUUGGAGCAACUAGAAGAGAUUUCCGUCGCUUCUUCAGUUUUGACGGGAGAGCAUGCGGACGAAAGCGGAUCCAACGCGGACGAUGCAGAACUACACGUUCAACUCGAUCCAAUGAAAUAUGACGGUUUAUCGCCUACUGCGCGCAUGCAAAAAUUAGAAUCUAUGCGUGACGAAUAUAGGGUUAUAGUCGAACGCAUCCGAAUAGAGCGAACGGCCGCGCUGGUCAUCGCACGCUGGUUGAUGCAUCAAUUUGCUGAUUCUGACAUAGUCGAAUGGAAAGAAUGUUUGGCGAUGGCUUUUAUUUCCUCACCGUUCGAGAAAUAUGCGAUGAAGGAUAGCCGAAUAGAUAAUCCAGAUUUGCAGAAUGAUCCGAAUAUGGAUUGGAAGACGAGAAUGCGCCUCAGUAACGUUCUUCUCAAAAACGGUUGCGAGAACGACCACGGUCAUUUAUCAUCUGUUCAGAAAGAGCUUGAAGAUUCGAUUGCUGUUCAACAGAUGUGGCGAGACAUCGCGCACGUGCACGCAGAAAUUGAAGAUUCAAUGGAAGAAUGGCUAGAGGAUGUAUCAAUUAGAACGCGGGGGAGAUCCAGUAACACUCACGAAGACGAGGAGAAAGGCGAGAAGUUUCAAGAUUGGGGACGCAAAAAGUGGAAAAACUGCUGGUAUGAACCCCGUUACGACAAAAUUGAACGAAAUCAAUUAAAAGCGAAUUGUAUGAACUCGCUAUUUGUUAUAAUGCAUGAGAUGAGCGAAACUCCCGAUGGUGAGGUAUAUUCUGACAUUGUGAGUAUUUUUCUGAAACUCAUCGUUUCGAGCGCAUUUUUGCAAAUGUACUACGCGCAUGGUAAAAGCGAAUCUUACGGGCAAAAUCGCUUCAAAUGUCACGUCGAAUUUGAAUCGUUGGGUGAGUUCAGAACACACUUCUUCAAAAUAUACAUGCAUAUGUAUUUUGAUCUCUCCCACGUUGGUUUCAUGUUCCCGUGGUCGUCUUUGAAACCUUCCGUAUCGUCCGAAACCUUCCGGGGACGCCGGAAAUACGACCGAAUUCGAGCCGAUCUUCUCGAUCGAAUAGGCGUGCAACUCUUCGCUUCUUCUUCGCUUCUUUCUGCGGUUAACGAUUCGAUUCGUUACGGAACGGUCGAAAAUUACUCAUCUGCAAACGAGAAGGAAACCUGGUUCGACUUGUUCCGUACGCACCAGCGAUUAUUAUGGUCUGUGAAGGCUUUCGUUGACGAAGAUUUGCGUAACCUGCUAAAAAAUCCAACCUGGCACGUGGAUCAUCCAUGCACAGAGAGCUGGGAAGAAAAUGUGAGAUCGUCGUAUGUUGGACUCGCUAACAGACCUAUAUCAGAUUUGAGAAACUUCGCGAUGAAUUCUACUUCGAAUGCCAUUAACUUUGUAAGCGGCGAUCACUUACUCUUUGAAUUCUUCGAGGAGAUGUUUAUGUUUGGGAGCAACCUCGUCGAGCCGGUCAUCAGAGCACACGAAAGUCACGUUGGACGCGAGAGCGAGGAGUGGUUUAAUAUCGUCGCACUCGAGUUUAACUUAGUACAGAUGUAUAAAGAUAUAUUGCACAAAGCUCUGUUGGAUCCCGCAUCGGAUGAGCACGGGGGUAUUGACAUUUCUCAGGAGGGCGAUGAUAUCGGCGAAAGAAGAAAUGCGUGCGCAGAACAUUUGAGACUGCGUCACAUUCUGUACUUCUUGAAAGCAAGAGUUGUCAGCUCAGUGCAAAGGGUCUAUACAUCAGACAUAGAAGGAUCAAGGAACGAGAUUGACGCGCGAAAUCCGCACGCGCCGCAUUUGCGAUGUCUCGAUAUCACGAUACAAGCUUUGUACGAUUAUUAUUCUCGGAAUUUGGAAAUGAGAUCCAAUGUGAAAGAAAGUAUCGCGCGCAUGUGCGAAGAAUUUUUCCGGAACGAUUCUUCUUUAGACGACAGAAAGGCUUUCGGCAAAGAUUUAUUACCUACCGGUAUGUUCAACCAUACAACGGCAUUUAAUCUGGGCGAAUGCUCGGAUAAAUGGGCAGUUUUUCAAGAGAACGGCAUAAAUUGUUCAGAAAUAAUCGCUCUUCGCGUUUCUGACAUAUUACAUUGGAGCUUCCAAGUCAACGCACGCGCGUGGAUACUCAACGGCGACCAAAUGAGACUGUAUUCUCACACGUAUUCAGUCGGCAACUUUAAGUUCGUGUCCAGGUUUUGCGAUAUUAGUUUAUUGGGAAAAGUAUUAACGUUUUCGCCGAGGAAAUCUAUUCUCUUUGCGGUGGAGAUAUUUUUGCUCCGCGCCGCGGACGUUGGCUAUCGAUUUAGCGGACCGAGCACCCACCCAUACAGGAGCAUUCAUGAACUUAUGGAGAGAUUAAUAACCGAAGGAAAAGGAAAAGGACCUCCUGCGCGCAUCCAAGAACAUUUUCCCUUCGCGUGCGCUGGUCUGUUGUUAGAACCAGAGAAGGCGGUAAUGUGCUUACGAGACGCCAUGAAUAUCUUGGCUUAUUUCGCAACUCGGCAAACCCAGUCUCUUUUCUGUUUCGACACAGAAUGCGAACGCGUUGAAAAUUCAAUCAUUCAUACCGUCGCAUUAAAAGAGUCUGCGAGAACUGGGCCAACGUACUCAAAUAUUCAAUCUAGAUUAUCAGUGUCCCAAGCCACAGAGAAAAGUUUAGACGAGUAUCUCGAACGUUUGUGUAUCGUCAAGAAACCGUCGACAUCGGCAUUAGAACAACAGUCUGAAACAUCCGCAUUUUCAAUGAAGGUCACGUAUGAACUGAAAGAAGAGAUCUGGGCAAAAUUCAACGCGUUCCACAUCGAUUACACGGACGAAGAACGCGACGCGGCCAAAGCGAAUGCGAUUCGAAGAAACUCUGAUUGGACGCCUAUCAGUGAGUCUUCCGCACCAUCCCAUGAGUUUGAUCACUCUGCUUUCAAGUUUCGAUUUAGCGUAAGCCCCGUUAUUGCGUAUAUUUGCUCGUUGUCUAUACGGUUGGCUGCGUUUAACGAGGACCAAAAUCCGAUUUACGAUGACGUAGCGCUUGCGGCGUUUGUAAUCUUGGACGAUGCCAUGCGCAAUAUUUCUUCGCAGCUCACGACAUCGUCGAGAUUAGACAUUUUAAAGAAGUUUGACGAAGCUAUCGAUGCUCACAUCGAGGCUAGGGGAUUGUCGAGUGAAGGUGAUGAAGACGUCGCGAUGAGUGAACUCAAAAUAUAUGCGAAAGCGUGCGACGAGUAUUUCAACGAAGAUCUCGAAACUUUGAAAGACGGCUUCAAUUCUAGCACGCUUGAGCUCUUUUCAAGAAUUGAGGAUACCGAACCCGCGUUUAUAAGUGACUGCGAGCUACAUUCUAGCUCUAAAUUUGGUACGGGUGUGCCCGAAAUCCCAGAGCAACUCCGCGCGAGUGAAAUAGAGGUUGUUCAAAAUUGGUCGCAACUGUGGCAUGACUACGCUUCAGCUAAGAGAGAAUGCAUCGAGUUUAUCAAGUACCUCACCUACGACAAGAGCUUGAGAAAACCGCGUUGCAGUGAAAUAGGUACAGAUAGUUUGGAUCGCUUAAUACGAGAAUUAGGAGAAACUAUCGAUAUUUGGAAAGAGAAAAAACGGUCAGCGAGAACACUGAGAGACGACCGAUCAUCGUUUUGUGAAGCGGUGUACCUUCUCACGACAAGGCAAGAGAGGAAAAAUUCGAACGAAGAUAUUUUACGGCGAACUGCGAUAAAAGUAGCGAAGAGCAUGCGAAAGAAUAAUCAUCUGUGUCUUAUAGAUGUGCAAACGUAUAACGACAUCGCGCAUCGAACGGGUGCGUUUGCCGGCGAUGGAUCCAAUCCAUCCUCCUCCUCCUCCUCCAAUGAAAGAGAACGCGACGGAAACGACGACGACGAAAAUUUGAAACAAGAAAGGAAGGCGCGACUCAAGGCACGACAGGAGCAAAUGAUGAAAGAAAUGCGCGAACGACAGAGAAAGGCUUCGCAGGCACUCGGUAUAAGCGACGACGAUGGAAAUAGCGCCGAGAAGAACGAUUCUACCAAUAUUUCAUCUUCUCCUUCUUCCUCUUUGGUACAACACGACGUAUGCGCUGGUUGCGGUAAUGCCAUAAAUAAGGAUGAAUUUGACGCGUGCCUUAUCGCAAAGUUCAUGCUGGUGAAUCACGCAGAUGUAUUGAAACGAAAUGAAUUCGAUCGCCGUAUAAAGCAGAGUGGUGAGAACUACGACCGUGGCAUUUUGAAGGAAAGGAUGUCUCGGUUCGAUGACGAAUUUUCUGAUAUGGCUAAUGAAAUCAUGCACGACACGUGUUUGUCCGUCGAGACGGGUGGUCUCAUCGCUCAAUCUUGCGGACAUAAAAUGCACUUAAAAUGUCUUCGAAAACACAAAAUCGCCACUGGGGCGCAGGAACCAGGACUAGGUGCGGAUUUGGAGAAUCAUCAAAGUAUGGUAUUUGUCAAAGGUGCGAACGUGUUCGAAAAUACCACUCCCCGUACGGAGGAUUUUAGUCCUGAAGAAAAUACUCUCUGGGCAAACGGAGAAGAGCGCAGGAGACAAGUCUUUAUCAGGCGCGAAGGCGGUUUGGUCCAUGGACAGUUUCACUGUCCUACGUGUCGCCGCGUCUCGGAUUGUGCUAUUCCAAUCCUUGAAGAUCAAUCAAAAUCAUCAAGGGGUGCAGUGGACGUGAGCGAUAUGUGCAAUAUGGAGCGCGUGUUGUUAGAACGUGAACUCGUCGAAUCAAUAUUUUGCAACCUGGCCUCGGCUGACUACGGAGGCUGGUUGCAUCUCUCUUCUUUUAUCAAGGUUUACGGGCAUUAUUUUGUUUUUCGGCACCCACACAUACAAAAUGCGGCUUGGGACGACGUAGUUCCCAUGGAAAACGAGUUGACGAGUUUGCAAUAUCAUAUUAAUAGUAUGGGAAUGAAAGUUGAAGCCUACAGAGGUAUUGCAUUGGAAGAUAUUACCCGCUUUACGACACGAAGAGAUUACAACGCGCUGUGGAAAAGUGCGAUUGCUGGUAUUUGCUUUUGCGAAUUAGCCAUGCGCCCGACACUGAGAGAUGAAAUUACUGUUGCGGGAGAUGAAGCGAAUAAUUUGUCUAUCGAUGCCACGUGGUUGGCGUCGAUUUCGCUUGCAAAAUUGGCGUUCGCGUUUAUGAAUUUCUCAUCGAGAGCUUCUAGCAUGAUACUACACGAUAACGCAUUCAACCUCAACCUCCAUGAGCCAAAUUCCGUGAGUGAAGAGGGUAUUUUCCGUUUCAUCAGCCCUUCUAAACGCAGAUUAUACCUGGUCCUUCGGCGCUUGGAUCUUCUUGAAGCAUCCGGUUUUUCUUGGCUUUUUUCCAAGGAAGAAAAUUCUAAUAUGGAAGAAGAGUUGAACAACACGGAUUGGAAAGUAAUCGAGAGAAAUACGGGUUACUCUAUAGAUCGAAAUAUAUGUACUUAUGCGCGCGUACUUGAAUCAGGUGUUAUGGAAGUUAUGCAUUUCCCUUCGUCUCGUCAGACGAUGAGGUAUCGGCAAGAUACGCGUUCAUCCUCAGUCAAUACCUACCUCGCUGGUGAAAGUGUCUGGAUGCUUAAAACGAUGAACCGAGAAGAAGGGGAAAGUUAUGAAGCGAAGGACAAGAAUUUCGAAAAAUAUGGCAUGGAUCCGUUUCUCGAGUUUGUACACACAAUGUUAUGGUGUUUUGAAAGUAUUCGCCAGGGAUUCUCAAUAAAUGACGAAGAAGACGAAGAAAUUUGGGACGUUUUCGAUAAACUCCCCCAGCGCGAAUCUUGGCCGCCAAAAAAAUUUCUCGAAGAGGACGAUAUUGAAGAGUUUUUGACGCGAUUGAGAAUGGAUAUCUUGGGAGUUUAUGUUAAGGGGGUAUUUGUUAUUGAUGAGAAGAAAGAAAAUGUCUUUAUUUUGCGCGAAAAUUUGGACUAUUUAUCUUCGUUACACUUUCGAAUGGGCGCGGUGAUUGACGCUGCGAAAGUUUCGACUAAGAGUGGUGAGGCUGGCGGCGAAAGUUCAGUUCGAAUCAAAAUGCCAAGAAAGUACGACGUUGGCGGUAUCAAUAAUAUACUUUCGUGGGCGCUAGAAGACGUGUUUGGUUCCAAAACGCACCCAGAAAUCACCGUCGCAUCUUACAAAGAAAUUGAAGAAAUCUGCGAGAAAAAGAAAAGGUACGACUCGAACACCUUAAAAGCGCCUUCUCUGGUCAAACCGCCGAAACGUCACGAAGACCUUCUCCUCGCCUCGAAAGAGCCGUGCAAAUGUUGUCAACGCGUCCCAGAAGUCGCUGCCAUGUGUUUACUCUGCGGUGAUAUCUUCUGUGCCGCCGAUGAGCUCUGCAACCCGGAAUUGUGCACACAGCGUGAGGGCGACCCAAACACCAACGAACGCAACCUCACGCCCUUCGAUGUCAUAGCGCGCAACAACAACCGUAACCUACGCGGCAAAGGUGAAUGGGGUCUCUACAAACACGCGCGCCUCUGCGGCCAACGCACGUGCGUCUUCGUCCUCCCGCAUCUCACCAAAACGUUGAUCCUGGACGAUCAAUACGCGCGAAUGUGUCCGUCCUUAUACGUCGACGCGCACGGCGAAGAGGACGAAAACGGCCAGAGAGGCGUCCGACUCUUUCUCGUGGAGCAGAGAUUCAACGUCAUAAAUAACGCCUGGAGAACCGGCGCGUUGGUUUUCCAAGGCGGGUCUUCGCCCGUCUUGAAAGGACAACGGUCCAUGGCAAAGCAGUGGUAA